UAUACACGUUAUCAGCUGAGUACCGAGACUAGAAACUUACAUGUAUAUGUGAUACUCGUGAGAGAUUGUUUACAAUUUGAGAAGUAAAAUGAAGAAGAUUUUAAUUGCUGUUGAUGGCAGCAAGGAAUCUAUAUUUGCUCUCGAAGAAUACAUGGAAAAAAUCCACAACGAAGACAAGCAUGCUGUGGUUAUCCAUUGUGCACAUUACAGCAUUUCAAAUCCAGAAGAAUUGUCCAUCACCAGAGAUGAUGCUCAGGCUAUAAAGGAUAUUCUACAAAAGGACGAACAAAGAAUGUUAGCCCUGACUGAGGACUUAAAGAGACUUCUGAAAGAAAAUAAUAUCCACGGCGAAGUGGUAAGAACUGAAGGAAAGCCUGAAAGUGCAAUUAUUUCUAAAGCGGAGGAGUUAAACGCAUCAUUGAUUGUGAUGGGAUCACGUGGUUUAGGGACAAUUCGACGAACAAUUCUGGGGAGUGUCAGUGAAUACGUGCUUCAUCAUUCUCAUAUCCCAGUCAUGGUCUGCAAAUGCAAGUCUAAUCAAAGUACUGAAAAGAAUGAAAGCCGGGAUUUAAUAAUCUAAGUACAUCACAAAGUCCGAAGGAAGACGCACCCACUGUAGCCUUUAAUUUUUAGAAGGCAAAGAUUGCAGGAUUUGGAAUUUUUCGUUGGCAUUUAGUUACAAAUUGACAGAAUAAUUUUGAUGAACAUUUA